AGGGUGUGCGUGUAGUGGAAAACCGGAACCAGUCUUAUUGGCUUCCUUGAAUAGAAAAAAACAUGUAUAAAAUAAAUCAGAUUUUUUUUUCGUGUUCGGGAAUUAUCUAAAGGUGACGUUUUUCUCCCUCAAGAUGUUUCGUUUUACAUCUGUUAGCUAUGAAUUUUUCUGCAUUUUUUAGCGUUACUGUGCUCCGCUCGUUGGGCGAUUGAGAAAGUCAUAUCCGCGAUUCAGUGGGCUGGGGGUGUGUACUCGCUCCGUGGACGGAUUGCAUGCACAUCCACUGACGCUCGCCAGAAUUGGAGACAUUUCCACACACACACACACGCAGUAUCGCACAUCUUGGAUGAGAUUUUCAACGGCCUAAAAAUAUUAAUAAAAUGUGCCAGGUUGAUGGGCUCAGAUAAUGAUCUCGGCUCCCUGAAACCGAUCCAGUUAAACAGCGACAGCCUGCAAUUGCAGAAUCGUAUCUGCUUGAUUGUUAAGGCGAUAGGCUAGUUUCAUACACCCCAGAUUUUCUAGUAAAGGUUUGGACUGUUUCAACCAAUAAGCGAGGCUGAAGUAAAUUUUGAAAAUUCACGCGUAGAAACUAGAUAUUUGGAAUAAAACACCCAUGCAAAGGACAUGAUUAGUGUGGAGCCUUAUACAGCCCUAGUAAAAUCUGACACGAGGGAAAUGCUCAGUUCUUCCGCCCGUGGCCUUUACAGAAGGCGUCUCCGACGCCUACACGUUGUGUGGUGGAGAGGCGAUGCACGUAUUGCGACCAGCCUCCAGGUCCUGCACACAAUCCUUUGCUUUUUUUGGACUUAAGAAUGUGCAGGGAGUCCGAAACAGCAGAGGUCCCCUUUUUGAAGAAUUUCAAUGUGAACGGUCUUUUUAUGGACAAGGGUCCUUAGCUUACCCAGCCCUGGCAGUGGGCAGCCCAGUUGGAGUGAAACCUGGAGCAUCACAGUAGCCCGGGGAAUCGUGCGGAUGGUUAGCCUGGUCGGUCAUCCCUCAGCGGCCUGUUAUUCCCAUACUUUGCACUGAAGACGGGGUUUACUUGGCAUAGCCUCCGGAGCUUGGAUUUCUGGAUUCAGAUAACCUGCUUCACACAAUGUGAACGUGCACUCCGCUUCCCGUUUCACUGCUUAUUCAUGAGUGAAACAGCCUGGGACGUUUCAAGUCCAAGAUCCCCAUGGGAAAUUCAAGGUGCAGCAUCUCCUGCUGAACAGAAGAAAUGUGGCUACCAUGCAUUGUCCAACGGUGACGUCUUGGCAACUUGUGACGCAGCAGCGUGUCUGAGCAGGCCUUCUCCCAGCUGUCUUGGAGAGUCUUUGAAGCAGGGGGUGAUUAUGCGAGUCAGGCAGUGACCCAGCCUGCUGCUCCAAAUGGAUCCCAAGCUGCGAGAGGACCUGUUCAAGAGGUAUGUGCAGUGCCUGGAGUCCAGGCUGGAGGAAGGAGGCGAUGGGCAGCAGGUGGCGGUUGAGACUGGGCUCCAUGCGGCUGCCACGGCUCUACUCAGUGUCUACCAAGUGGAUCCAGCUCAGCGGUUCCGGCUCGUUCGGUUCUAUGAGGUGGCGGAAAACGCCCUGCGCACCCUGAGGAGCUCCAGCCUGCAGGCCUUAGAGACGGCUUUUGCCACCCUGGAGACCAUCUGUACCAACCUGCUGCUGUACCCCUGGAAAAAAGAGUUCCGCAGCAUUAAGACCUUCACAGGCCCUUACAUCUACUACCUGCAGUCGGCACUGUGUGACUCGGACCUGCGCUCCCUGCUGCGCUCCAUAGGCUACACCCGAGAUCAGGAGAUGCACUUUCACGCUCGUGAGCACCCAGGAGGAGCGCCUCACCUCCGCCAGCUGGCCUUCGAGCUGUUUCUGGCCCGGGCAGAAUGCCGUCUUCUGAGAGAAGUGGCCGUGCUGGCGGGCGGGGGCACGUCGGAAGUGGAAGCCGUGGAAAUGCGACGGAUGAGCCGCGACGACGCCGCGGGCUGUGCGGAGGCCCUGCGGAGGCGCGAGGUCCUGGCGGGAGAGGUGUCCCGGCUCUCGGUGCGGCAGCCCGAAGCGGAGCGCGCCUACCUGAAACGAGCCAACCGGACCUCGAAAUCGGUGGACGUGACUGACGGCGCGGGUCACUGGCAGCAGGUCAGUAAGCCGGUCUUAAAGGCCUCGCUCAGCCUUCGGAAGGAGCCUCUCUUUGUGGACGCGGAGGAAGACCUGCAGGACGAAAUCAUCCGGCCCAACAGCUCGCUGCUGUCUGUGGCGGGGCCACACUACAGUCCUGUGGCAGAUUUCUUUCCUGCUCAAUCUCCCCUUCCUGAGCUUAGCCAGACCUACUCCUACCACCUCUCCUCCCUUGACGGGGUUGACCUCUACACAGAUCGGGUCGGCUAUCGCCCACCAUCUUCCAGGCAGCAGAGUCGAGACGGCAGGGAGGGCUGGGGGACAAAGAGCCCUGCUGGGCCCUCCAUGGGUAUGAAAUGCCAGGGCUGUGGUGUGGGAUACACCAGCAGCCUCACCUCUUGUCAGAAGUGCGACAUGAUCUUGUGUCCCAACUGCCACGCGGAAGAGCCGUCCCCUUGCUGUGGAUUGCAGGAUUUCCCCAAAACCUCCCGCUCCAGUGACGGAUACCUGCCCACUAAAGAGAAAUUAUCCGUCUAUUCAAAUGCUCACUCCCAGCUCUCAGAGAAGCCGCUGUCAUCCUCCAAGCCUUUUACCGGUAAGCCAAGUUCCACCAGCAGCAGUGCCAUCAGUGGGUCACGGUGUGGGUUCUGUAACAAGCCAAGCGCUACUCACACCUGUAUGAAUUGCUCCAAGGUGUCCUGUGACAGUUGCAUGAACCUUUAUUCUAAAGAUGUAUGUACCCGCAAGAAUGCAUACCAUAACUUUGUGCCCAACCACCAGCUUAACUAUAAAUCCAGCUCCAUAUCACACUUGGUGUACCGGUAAAUUGUAUAGUCCUUCUCCUGGCAGCUCGUGACUCUUCAAGCAGAAAUUCGAUGUUUAGAUCAUCCUGGAAUGCCAAACUUGCGUCUUCGUGUUCAGUUUCAUUUCUCUGCCUUGUGGAACUUUAGACCGAAAUAAAGAGCUUUAUUCUGUCUUUAUGGGACCGACCUGCUGAGCGCUUUGCAUCUAUCCUGCAGCUCAUACCCACAUCUACUGUCACACCUAUAGACUGCACAGAAAAAUCAAGAUCAGAGCUACAUUAAAAUCUGUCCAGUGAAAUGAGAAGAUCUGUCUGUUAUCUUAGUCACACAUGAUGUGAUUGCUCUGUGCAUGUGGGAGUGGGCAGUCGUAUAUUCGCUCCUGUCACAAAAUGAAAUGGUGUGGCAUCCUCCUCACAGUCGAUGGCCUCAAUCAUCUCUGAAACAUCGUAUUGGUUAGCCUCCUGUCUGCAACACUUUGAGCCAAGUUCAUCUAAACUCAUUACACUGGAUUUUUGUUUACUGCCUGUUAUUCUCACUGAUUCGGGACUGUCAAAAGGUUUGCCAGAUGCACCGCUUCUCUGCUGUAAUGUGAAUUGCAGACUAAACAAAGUCUUUGACUCCAUAGACAGUGUUGCACUGAAGACUUAAGAAAUUUACUUUUUAUUUUGUAUUGCUAAUUGAACAAAAAAGGCUGAAAGCCCCAAAUGAGCUUCACUAGUACUGUGGUAAAAACCUGUAAAUUGUAGAACACCUGGUAUUCUUUAAGUACAAAUAUAAAGACUGUGUUGAUCUCACUGUUUUACUACCCUUUUUUUUCCAUUUUAACCUCAUUGAUACAAAAACAACAUUUUUUUUAGUCUUGACAGUAAUUUAAAUGUAAAAGGGAUAAUGGGAACUGUAGUUUUAGUCAGAAUUUCUCUGUGGAGAGUGGGCCAUAUGAGUGAAAUUAAUUUAAACAAGUCACUUUGCACUGACAGAAAGUACUUAAUUUGCCAAUGACCCAGCUGAAUAAUCGGUCUUUGGACAUGGGUAAAGCUGGUCAUUCACUGGAAGGACAACACAUAUUUGUUGGUUCGUAACACAUUGAAGAGAUUUGUAAUUGUUGUAUUCUGAUCUUGCUGAAAAUUGUAUGUAUAAAUUCUGUCAGUGCUCCAUGUUCAAACUUUGACUGAAGCAGAAUUAAUAAAACUGCAGUGCAGUCAUUAGUUAGCACUAGAAAUUUCCAAGAGCAGUGAGUGUACAAAUAUACAGUCUUUGCUUUUUUCGUGGCCUAUCUAAAAAGUAAAAAUAUUAUAAUAAUAUUCUGUCAGAGUGAAUAAGAUAGUAUUGCCGUGGAAAUACCAGCUCUAGAUAACAUUUAAGAGCUAAUCCUACAUACUGAGAGCUUGCAGUUUGUAACAUUUCCUUCUUCUGUGGUUCUGAACCUCUUGUUGUUUUUAAAAUAACCCCAAUAAGUGAAAGGUUACAGUCUGUGAUUCUUUAUCUUUAACAUAUACAUACACAGAGAGUCUGCCUGAAGCUUUAUAAGAAGAUGUCAGGAGCUUUCUGGAAAGCGAAUGGUUCUGGGCUUUGGCAAAAUUGUUCACUCUUGUCUUCUGAAGCUACGGUUUCCAUUGCCUUCUGAUGUGAGGUACACCGUUUGUCUGGUUUUCUCCCCAGCACAGACUGCUGUAGUGUUUACAGUCUCCAGGGUUUUCUAUAGUUACAUGUUUUCCAGACAAGCUUGGACUUGAUGUCACUGUUGAAACUGCAGUAUUUCACAUGCAAAGGGGCACAAAAAUGUUUGGUGGCUGCAAUUUGUGCAGGUGAGCUGUGGCAUUAUCAGUGUCACAAAGUGUCACAAAACAGCCACCUGCUGCUUUGUCACCUUCUAACACUAUAAGGGUCCAAACUCUGUAAUGUCCUGUUUUUCUCCAAAGCUCUGUGCACAGUUACAAUAAACACUUUAAGUUAACUUUUCCUUUAGCUUUUCCCUUUAGUGUUCUGAACACAUAAGGCUGUUGCACUAAGUAACUACAAAGUCUCUAGGUGGCCAGGUUAAAGGGAAGAGCACUUUUAGUACUUAAAGCAUGUAAUCAAAGCUAAAGAAAGCCCUGGAGAUCUUUAGCUGUAGAAGCUGGGAGAAGAUCAGUCCAACUUUCACCUCUAGGAAGACAUGCCUGUGUAAUGUUUUCUUUAAAGAAAUAUAGUGAAAGAUGGUGGCAGCUGUAACAGCGUGCCAGCCCACUUUAACUUCACAAAGCUUCUUCACUGAGCUUUUUUUUUUGUAACUGAGCUUUAAUUACUGGCUGUGUUUACGGCGUGGCACCUGAUACUGGAUGUUUUUACAAAGCUGGACCUCUUAAGUCCUAUUUACAGCGAAUUCUGCAUCACACCAUUGAAUUUUCAUUCCUCUAUGGCGUUUGUUUGCAUACAGCCAGUUUCGUGGGGUCUGUUUGGUUGGAGGAGGCUGGCAUGCAUGGAGAAUCAUGUUGCAGGGGUGCACAAAUAAAAAAAAAAAACUAUGCAAUGAUGAACAUUUUCAAGGCUGCUGAAAGCAGUGGCGUGUCGUUGAGCAGGAACUUUUGAAGGACUUUUAAAUACUUUUCUGUUAUCUGUUGUUAGGCUCUUUUCUUUUGUGUACUUUCACAGGGCUGUCAAGUCACAAGUUCUCCUGUCUGCAUUUACUCAGCUGUAAAUACAAUCCAUUGACUUUUUUUUAAAGGACAAAACAAAAACCUAGGUUUUUCAGUUGAUCAGAGGAAUUUAUUUUAUUCUGGAUCACUGGAAAUUAUAUUGCUAUAUUUUGAAGACGGGCUUUAUUUUGUUUUGUAAUGUUAACGUCUUUUGUGGCUCUGGCCCUUUGUGAUGAGUUUUCUUUGGGAAAACUGCGUAACACUGAUUUUCAAAACAAAACCUUGUGAAAAUUAAAUGGACACCUUUGUUUACAAAAGGCCCAGGGAGAAGUGCAAGUUGUAGUAACCAGUAUUUAUUUUGAACAAAAGGGCAAUUUUUGAAUCCUGAGAGUCGAUGGCCAAAAAAUACAUAUCAUUUCCAAGUUGGAACACAGACCAGAAUUCCUCUCUGGUGGUGAAGACUCGGUCAGCCUGCAGAACUGUAAGGCCUUGCCAUGGGGUAAUUUGCCAGGAAGGGACCAUGAAAUGAGAAAUUUGCACACUUAACUGGCGGUUCCCAGACUUCCUUUUCCCUUGUUAGGAGUAUUGGUUUGUGGUUGUUUUAAAAUAAUGUCCUAGUAAAACUAUUAGUCAGCCCCAUUGCGAUGACCCAGGCUUAGUCAACCACUUGAGCACUUAGUUAAUGAAUACAGAGAUAAUCAAUACAGAGAUAAUUGUUUUUAACAGAUACUUUAUUCCUUCUGUUGUGUGUGUGGUUUGUAGUAGCUGGUUAUGGAUGAACAAAAUCCUUCUUAUGAACAAAGUUUUAGACUAAAGAAAGAAGCGAAUAAAUGUGAUGUGUACUCCUUACGCACUAAAUUGAGUGAUUUUCAUUAACUUGAGUGUGCUUAAAUAAUUCUUGAUUUCCGGUAUUUGUGGUAUCUUACAGGUAUUUUGGUGUUGAUGUAUUAGCAGCUUACCUUCUGGCAUGGUUUCGAGUCGUGUUUCUCCCUCCCAGUGACACCUCCCUGCACCUACAUCCCUCAUUUCCCAUUAGCACCUACACUUGUAUCAUAAAGCAGGUAAUGCUCCCUCUGCAGGUGAGUGCAGUUCUGCUCGUUAUAGCAGGGUUUAUUUCUAGGGAAAAAACAGCCAAAUAAUUUGUUAGUAAUUCACCUGAUUUUAUAAAAAUGCCAAGAAUAAAACACUAAAAAAGCAAA